AUGACCACGAACGACGAUUACCAUCUUUUCCAAGAAGCCAUGGACAAGGGCCGGCAGGCUUUCCUGGGCUAUAACCUGGACGAAGCCGAGAAGUUGUUCAUACAAGCCGCCUCAUUCGUUCCAAACGAUCCCAGUCCUUCAUGGAGCCUGUCUCGUGUUCUUCUCGAGAGAGGAGACUACGUCGGCGCUGAGCUCCAGCUCCGAGAGAUGCUCAGACUGAUGGAAGGGGAUCCUGAUUGGGAAUCUAAGAAGCGCGCUGGCCAUGCGAACAUUGCCUUUUAUCAACUAUGCAGACGAGAUAUUUUCGCAGCUCACCAAACGCUACAACAGAUCGACAACUUUAAUUCAUAUGACCGCCGCCUUCUCCUCCAUUGGCUGCGUCAAGAGGAAGAUAUUCACACGUCUAUGUCCGACAAGUCUAAGCAAAGGAACCUGGUCUUAGACCGCCUUCCCAGAUACAAGGCCGACAUUCUGGGGAACGUGAGGGAAUAUUUCGCAUUGGGUCAUGAGAUCCUUAUCCCCACGCCGAUUGCGCCAAUUCGACCCGGCACUAGAGCCAACAUUAUGAUUUGCGGCCUUGGAGAUAGUGGCUAUCUGUUCAGCACUUUGCUGGCACUUGACUCACCACAAGACAAAAUACAAACUCAACACGCACACAUAACGGUUAUUGACAUCAACCCUACCACGAUAGCUCGUAUGCUUGUCAUCUUUCAACUGAUGAUCCUGCACCAACGGAAUUCGAAAACAGGCACAGGACCACACACGCUCUCUCCUCGUUUUGCUAUAAUGCUGUGUUAUUUGUUCUCGAGCCCACUCGUGCCUAUCACGGCUAUAAAAUUUCUUGGUCUCGCCCUGGACGAUCUCAUCGGAGAGAUAGCGCUUGGGAAAACGACAUUCUGUGGACUUGUUUACCUACCCUUCGCUACCCGCUAUCAGGUAUACGUUCUACUCAAGCGAUGGAAAAUCCAGACAGAGGGGCCGUCACCUGCUGGAUCCUUGACUUGCCGUAUCCUGGCUCAAAGAGAGAGCCGACUUGACAAACCGUUACAUGUUCCUCGCGGUAGAAUACUCUUCCAACGGGACGUGUUCAAGCAGCUGGGGGCACUUGUUCCCUGGAGAGAAGAACACGCCAGUCAAUUUCCAGACCCGAGCUUCAUUGAAGCCGUCAGGACGUAUUCCUGCAUGUAUGAGAACGACCACACCAGUCAGAAUAUGCGUGGAUAUUUGGACAUGCACUGGCGGCUCAACCCGACUCUGGUAGAUUUUGAAUUGACGAGCGUGAAACGGUCUUUUUCAGUCAACUUGAGGCCCCUUGUUUGGCCAAACUGGUCAGGGCCGUCUCCUCAUCAAUGUCACUUUGAUCCAACCGAAGUCUUGGGAACAUUUAUCAAAGUUGCACCGCCAGAGACGUUCGAGUCCCCAUCAGGCGAAUGCUUCUUUGAUGCGCUCAUCCAAGUCCUGACGCGGGUCGACGUGGCACGCAAAAGGCUUUCUGGUCAAGUUUUGGUCGAGGCUAUCGUUGGCGAGGUGACAGACGUCAUGGAGCGCAUUCGGUACGAUGCUCUGUCGCAUCGGCAGCCAACAGGCGUCCACGACCCAGACGCCAAUCCCGUCAAUUUUCCCAAGGUCUACGAUGGAAUCCAUAUGGGCAGUCUCCCAGACUACACGGGAGGCAUGUUUUCUGUCGCGUACUAUGCAGGGCCCCUGUUGAGGAAACACGACGACGACCAGUCCACUCAAUCGAUGCUCAGGUUCAGGAUUUCCCUCAACUAUCCUCUAUUCAAAUCUUACGAAUCUUAUAUGGCAGAAUACCUCGCAAUGACAGGAGAAGAUACCCUGCGUGGACAUUUCGGUCUCGAGCGCCUCGACCCAGUGUGUAUACCUGGUCAUAAGCCAAUGUCCCAUUACGACAAUGACAGCGACAGCAAUGAUAACAGUGACAACAACAACUACAACAGCGAACGUAACAGCGACAGUAGCAGCAUCAGUGACAUUGACAGCCUGGUCAACAAUUAUGACGAUUCGUGGUGUCCAGGGCGGCCCGACUCGAGGUACGACAAUUACAUGUGGUUGGGCAGGACGCAUAUGCUCACUGAUCCCAAGUCCCCUCAUUACCAAGAACGUCUGCCACGUGCGGUAUUCCUGCAUACGUUCUUCUCAUAUCUGCUCAAGAUCGUUCUACCGUAUCCACGGCCAAAUUCGAGCUACUGGCCCACCCCGGGCCGGUGGCAGGUGGAUUCUCCCCUAAAUCUCACGGCGAUUCUUCGGUUCGUUGAACACAUGGUCGUACAGGUCGGCUAUUCAUCAAAAUGGAUUUCAGAUGCUCUAACGUCGGUAUGCUUUAGUGUGAUAGACACGACAGCACGGGAACCACGGAGCCUCACGGCUUUGCCUGAGGAGGUGGAGACCAUGCAUCCAUCGAAACGAAUCAGUCUUGUGCCUUGGCGCGCUGAAUUCACUACCCUCCUUGGGAUCUGGCGGCCACUACUACCGUUCGGUAUACUCAUCCCAAGAUCGGGGCCGGAUCGAGGUCUGCCAGGCCUAAAGGAGAUUUGUCAUUGCUCCGUCGCCUUUCCAACUCUUUUCACGGGGACGAUAGUUAACUUUUCGCGAAAGUCAAAGCAUUACAUGUUGGUCUUUCUGAACGCGAAGGCCACGGGUGUUCAGGAGGUGGAGGGCUCCCUCUACAGCUUUCUGUUGACCCCCGACGACGGCUGCGUGGAUUCGCCCCUGGGCCUCGGUAUCAGAGGGGGCGGUGUUCACAUCAUCACUACCUUUACGUUUGACGCUCGCAAGAAGAUGGCGGAGCUUUGGAUGCGCGACGACGUGGUGGCGGAGUUGAAGUCGGGCAACUGGAUCGUCUACCUCUGGCGGACCGACACGUGGAGAAAGGCCUCGGAUGGCGUAGACGCUCGAACGCUGGUCCCAGGGGAGCAUUGGCUGGACAAAGCGUAG